AUGGGGAGUUAAUGUUCGAAUUGUUAGAGUUGUUAAAGGAAAGAUGAAAUUUUAAUUAGUGAAUUUCAUCAACAAUCAAUGAAUCAUUAUUCACAUAAUCAACCAGAUAAUGAGGAAGAAGAUGAUUUAGAUAAUUCAUUGAAAGAUGAUUAGAAAGAAUCAAAAUUAGAUAUUUAGGAUCAUGUUGAUCAUGAGAUUCAAAAUUAAUAAUAAACAAUUAAGAAAGCAGAGAUAAAUUUAACUUCUUGUAAUCUUCAUAAUUAAUAGUUAGAGUCUAAUAGUGAUAGUUAGAGAAAGAAAAAUGAAAUGGCAUUUAGAAAUCAUGAGGAUCUUUUAGAAACAUUGGGAAGUAGAUCAAAUUGUAAUUAGAGAGAAAGAAGAACCUAACAUAUAUUUAAGAGUGGAGCAUCUUAUGAAGGUGAAUGGAUAGGUUAAUAAAGAGAUGGUUAUGGAGUAUAAGUUUGGGUUGAUGGUGCUAAAUAUGAGGGAGAAUGGAAGAAUAAUAAAGCUGAUGGGAAGGGUAAGUUUUGGCAUUUAGGAGGAGAUUAUUAUGAGGGAUAAUGGAAAGAAGAUAGAGCUUGUGGUUAGGGAGUAUAUUUACAUGCUAAUGGAGCAAAAUUUGAAGGAGAAUGGUUAAAUGAUCAACCUCAUGGUUAUGGAAUAGAGAUUUGGGUAGAUAAUUCUAGAUAUGAGGGAAAUUAUAGUCAUGGUAAGAAGGAUGGAUUUGGAAAGUAUUAUUGGAAUGAUGGUUCAUUUUAUAUAGGAAAUUGGUAAAAUAAUUUGAUGGAAGGAUUUGGAGUUCAUUACUGGGCUGAUGGUAGAGUAAAAUUUAUAUUCAAUUAAGAAAUAUGAAGGUUAAUGGAGAAAGAGUUAAAUGAAUGGAAGAGGGACUUAUAUUUGGCCAGAUGGAAGAUAGUAUAAUGGAGAAUACAUGAAUGACAAGAAAUAAGGAUAUGGUGUUUAUAUAUGGCCAGAUGGAAGAAGUAUUAAUAUAUGAAUUAAAUUAUAGAGUAUGAAGGAUAUUGGGUUAAUGGGAAAUAAGCUGGAAAGGGUAGAUAUAUAUUAUCAAAUGGUAAGAGUUAAUUGGGAUUGUGGGAAGGUGGUAGACGAAUAAAGUGGUUGGAAUAGGAUGAAGAUAUUAAACCUAUAGGUUGGGAUGAUUAUGUUGAUCAUAAAUAAUAUGAGUUUAGUUUAUCUGGUAAUUGA